AGAUAUAAAAAUUUGAAAAAUGGUAACAUAACAAGUCUAAGUAUUUAAUAGGGAGUAGAUGCUUAUAAAAAGACUAGAGUUUAAAGGAAUGUAGGAAGAAAAGUGACUUCUACAAACCUUUAUUUGAAAUUGUUAAUAAAGGUAAAAGAAUAAUAUUAUAUUGUUUAGUUAUACAAAUUCUUAGCCAGAAGAACAGAUUCUCAAUUUAAUGCAACUGUAUUGAGAAGACUUUAAUCAACAAGAACUGCAAGAUAUCCUAUAAGUGUUAGCAGACUAGUAAAAUAAAUAAAUACAGCUAAAGAUAAAACAAGAACUCUAGUAGUUGUAGGAACAGUGACUGAUGAGUAAUAAUUGAAAUCUCUAGCAUUUUUUAGUGUUCGUCUUCUUACUGUACCAAAAUUAAAUGUUUGUGCUUUAAGAUUCACAGAAACAGCAAGAAAGAGAAUUUAGGCAGCGGGAGGAAAGACUUUGACUUUUGAUUAAUUGGCAUAAUAAAAUCCAACAGGUAUUGUUAGAAUACCAAUAAUUUAUAGGAACUGGUACUAUUUUGUUAAGAGGUCCAAAAGUUAGAGAAGCCUUAAAACAUUUUGGAAGAGCUGCUGGUUUACCAGGAUCACAUGCCAAACCUUAUGUAAGUCAUACUGCAAGAAAAGGAAAAGGUGCUAGAUGAUUGUUUUUUUAGUACAUUAGAAC